ACAUUGGGAGUGGGCAAUUGGUUUAAUAUUUCGUUACCAGCGGACUUUGCUCUUGGCUGUGCCUCAGUCCGUUACAGCUCUCUGGGUUUACUCUAUAAAAAACAUUCCGGCCUAACUAUUCCCUGCAUCCCCGGCCUCGCCUAGUUCCGUCUUGUGUCACCGGUCUGUUCCCGCACUCAAUCCUCCGUGCUCUACCCGACAGGUCUGGAUGGCGGCCCUGCGCUUCUCAGCUAAUCUCUCCUGGCUGUUCCAGGAGGUGCCCGGGCUGCCUGCUCGUAUAGAGGCCGCGGCCGGAGCGGGGUUCAGAGCGGUAGAGGUGGCCUGGCCCUAUGAUUCAGACGUGGGGCUUGUAAGAGAAGCCCUGGGCCGGAACCGAGUAAACCUGGUGCUUAUUAACACCCCGCCAGGGGAUGUUAAGGCUGGAGAACUAGGCCUGGGUGCUGUGCCUGAGCGACAGGAUGAGUUCCGGGUAGGGCUGCACGAGGCUGUGAAAUGGGCCAGCGAACUGCACUGUGACAGAAUACAUAUCAUGGCAGGCCGGGUACCACCAGGGUCUGAAAGACAACAUGUCGCAAAAGAGAUGGAAGAAACGUUUAUAGAGAAUCUCAAGUAUGCAGCAAAUGUACUGAGCCAGGCUGGGAUAACAGGGCUGCUGGAACCAAUAAAUUGUCGUAUCACUGAUCCUAGAUAUUUCUUGAAUACUCCACAACAUGCUGCUUCAAUACUUGAAAAAGUGGGAAUGUCUAAUCUGAAGCUGCAAAUGGACCUCUAUCACUGGCAGAUCAUGGACGGAAACCUUACGAGGAAUAUUCAAACCUACCUUCCUUUAAUUGGUCAUGUUCAGAUAGCACAAGUCCCUCAUCGCAAUGAGCCAGACAGUCACGGGGAGCUGAACUACAAGUAUUUGCUUAACCUACUUCAGAGCCUUGGAUACCAAGGUUAUGUAGGCUGUGAAUACAAACCUCAAGGAGAUACUUUAACUGGACUUGGCUGGAUGGAGACUUAUAACAGAAACAGCGGGCAGUGUCGUUCUUGAGAAAGUCACAAAUCCCUCUUAUACUGCACACAUUUAGCAAAAGGCACUGGCGUUUCACGUGUUUGAUUACGAUAUAGGGCACUAUAGUUUAAAAGAUUCAAUAAUUAUUGAUAGAAAAAUUGAGCCGUAAAUUGAAAUCCCCUGUAAAAUGAUUAGUUUUAGCACAGUAAAAUCUAGACAUGGGCAUUAGCUUGUGAAAGAUCACCACACUAAAUUAUGUGCAAAUCCAGGUCUUAGUGUGGUGAUGUUUCACAAGCAAAAUCCAGCCCCUAAAAGAGCCAAAGUCAACAGGAGCCGGAUGCCCAUGGUCAGUUACAACCAUGCGAGGUACUGUUAUAAUGUAUCUUGUCUGCUUUUAAUGUAAUUUACCGCUUAAAAUUGUGUUUUUUUCACCCCACUGCUCCUACAGAAUCUUUUAGGGUUUAAACACAGACCCUUACAUCAUGAUUACUCGAUCAGAGCUCAGUUAUAUCUGUUUUUAAAUGGCAAGAGUAAGAUAAAAAUAUAAGCAAUACACAA